CAGACUCUUUCCUCUUCAACGAACAAAAAUAAAGAGAAAAGAAAGGUUGUUCAACACCACCAAUAUUGACAGUUUCUCGAACUACUUCAAUUCUGCCUCCCUCUUUGUAUCAGGCCUUUCUAUCCAGUAUGGGGAAUCUGCAAUCUAGGCCAAACCACAUAAUUGAGAUAUACUGGGGCCGAGAGCGAUUGAUUGCGCAUCGCAUCUCCUGGCUCAUAGCUCGGUUUCCGAACACUUCUCAUCUCCGACCUUUUGUCAAGUUAAAUAGCCCAAUGCGAGGGUACUCCUAUCUCGACCUGGCCCCUAGAGAAAACGACGAAGUGCUGUGGUUAAAGGGCUGGAAAGGGUCCUACAAUAAUGGGUCCAAACACAACGCAUCACUCCGAGAGGCGGUUGAGCUAUUACUUGAGGACGGGGUGGGUUCGUACAACCUCAAACUCGGUCAUCUGUUCCAGAGUGACAGCAGAAGGGGGGUUCCCUUUCCCAUUCGCAAGUUCCAAGAUCUUAUCGAAGCUCUGGUCAACAUAGGCAUAUCAGUUGGCUGUCUCCGGAGCGGCAUCAGGCCUAUUUCAAAUUUCCUAGAGGCUGCAUAUAUGGACCGCCGAAGCUUCUUCAGACACAACGCGACUAUACCUGAAGCAGUGAGAUUUCUCACAAUCGGCCACAGGCUGAGAUCAAGACAGAUGAUACAAGAUUUUAUGUUUAUUGUUCUCUCUGGGUUCGAGGUGGCGUUUCCCAAGUCUCGAGUUGAUGACGGCGCCGACCCUCGCUUGGGUAUUCAGCGCAGCUGCCCGGGCAUGGACCGGGACCUUUGGGAAUACUUAAAAAAUCAACAUAGCGAGUACCAGCAUAGGAAGCGCAAAAGGGAGAGACAGCUUCGCGACUACUUCGCGACCAUGGGAAAAAGCUCCGAUAAUUCUAUUUUCCUCUCUGUGAGACCUAGCGCCCUCAUAGAUCUAGUCUCCUCGGCAAGCACCAGCGUGAAAUCCAGAACACAGCCCUGGGAGAUGCAAAGCCUUAGAAAACGAGACCAGGUCGUUGUCGAAGUGAAAACUGUUGGUAAUAACAAUGACCCUCGUAGAGCGCAACGGGAUCCAAAUCGUGAGCAUGAACGUCGUCACGAACGUGGGCAAUUUGAGCAUAUACUAGCACGAUACAUGGACCGUUUCGCCCAGGAGGAAAGACAGCGACGAUACGAUAAUAUUUUGCCGUGGGAAGUCCACCUGCAUGGCGGAGGCCGGCGCCUGGAGAGAGGGGAAGAUGACAUCUAAGUCGAUGCCCACCCCGGUAAGUUGACUAUGGCAUGCCAUGUCCCUUUAGACACUUGGGAUGGGAGGCAACCUCAUGUGUUGGCCUGGGUGGGUUAUGGCUGGGACGAGUGCUUGAGGCUGUAAUCUCUAGAUAGAUAUUUCUUUACCCUGGGACUGGCAUCGCACAUAGAGGGGGACGCUUGGAGUUUGUUGCAGGGGCUGGUGGUUAAGUUUCUCGGGGUACUUAAAGCUACAUCUGGUGUUCGUGUUUUUCUACCUUUGAAUCAAUAAAAGUCCUAGAAAUUGGCGGAACGCUUUUCUCUUUUC